UUUUUCGGUGGAUUUAUCCUCAUAUAUUGUCAGAUUUCACCACUUCACAAUGUUGAAGUGGAACAAGAAGAGCUGAGGGAAGCUGGUUUUCCCUUGAUGGGCUGCAUCAAUUACCUCUCUCCCCACUUCACCGAGAACAAUGAGAAGAAUGAUUGGGUGCAGAGUAAGUCAGGGUCUGUCUCUAUCACUUCCUCUUGCUCUCACAGCAACAACAAGAAUGACUGGGUGACGAGAAUGCAAAAUCUGAGCAUCUCGUGUGCCCUGGUGUGCUGUAUCCUUCUGGGGGCAUCUGCUGUCGUGGGCACCUUUGGCAUCAUCCAGAGGCAGAUCUCGGCUGUCCUCAUCACUGGUGUCAUGUACAUUCUGGCAUCCACAUUUGGACUCUUCUGCCUGACUAUCAUGCACUUCAAGAGGAAGACCAAGAAAGACUGUGGCAUUCUUGACUCUCAGGUGACACCAGAGUACAGCCCUGCACGAGUGUUCCAGACCGGGUGGUCACUGGACCUGGGUUGGGGUGGUGUGGUGACCUGCCUGGUAGCAGCGCUCCUCUGGCUACUAUUAGCUCGCAUCAUGCGCUACAACCCCAUCUCUCUCUCCUGAUGCUACCCUCACCAUCACAACUGGGGCCGUCCUUGUCGUCGUGCCCUGCUGGCCUGUCUGCGAGCCUGCUACUGCGCCCGUCCUGCUCUUAACUGAACUACUACUACUGUGUAGCUAGUUAGAUCAAUGUUUUGUGUAGGCCUCCAUUAGCAGGAGGCCUAUGUUGAAGAGGUGAGGUGCUGAAGCCAGUCUUCUCUUUUGUCACGAGUUCACCACUCAAAUGUGGGGGCCUUGAUGCAGGCAAAGCACUUGAUCUGAGGGAUUGGGGCUACCUUGUCCUUCAUAUAAUUAAACCUGAUUACCUUUUAUUUCCCAAAAACUGUAUGACACCUACAGGUUUAAUGCUCACCCAUGAAUUUAAUAAUUUAUUUUAAGAUAAUGAAUAUGAGAAAGAUCUCUGUAUUAUUAUAUUCUUGAAGUCAGCAUAUAAGGGUCAUGAAACACCUGGGAAGUGACAGGUAAAUAGGUUUGAGUAAAGAUUCCUUAUUUCAGGAUGAUACAAUGUUUGUACAGAGAUGGGUGACAUUUAGUUGUGCAUACAGAAAGCCCCAUAUUAUACUUCCAAGGAAAGGAAGUGUAGCACCAGUUCUAUGAAUUAAGAGACCUUCUCUGCAUCAAGGCAUCUCCUCCUUGAAGAGCUGGCUUUAUUAGACUUGCUUUAAGGGUAAAAAAUGAGAGAUUUAUUUGUCAGUGUUUUACUUACAUUCAGUUUGCAAAUUGGUGCAAAUUUACCGUAAGGUGCAUUGAGUGGACGCACCGAGUGUAGUAAUGCUGGCUGCCUUCUCUUGAACAAUUAUUACAUAUUGUAGUUUAUAUUCAUGCAUAUUAGAAGAGAUCUUUGACAAAUUGGAUACCUCUCAUAACUUAGCUAUCAGGCAGGAAUAUUUUGAUGUGUUUAAAAAGCAGUGUGUAUAUCUUAGAUUGCAUAUGCCAAGAUAUUGGUUAGAUCAAGACAUUAAGCAGAACAAGCCUUUACUAAGAAAGUGUUUCACUGGAUUAUGUUAGGUAAUGUUUGGCAGGAAACAGGACAAGUGUUUUCUCACGCAGGUCUUAAUCACAUGAUGACCUGCAGCUGGAGCUUUUGGUCAUCUGACCGAGACUUUCCACUGUUUCACUGGUGGAAAGCUUUAACAAGUCAUACAAAUAAUAAUAAUAAUCUUUAUUUCUACAAGUACAUGAUACAACUUAUACAGACCAUAGCUGACACCAGAGAUAUACUAUAUAAAAAGCCCCUG